GGUACAAGCAAGGCCCGCUUCGGGCUCCCGAUGCAGAUGCAGAUGCAGAUGCAGGCGGAACGGCUGCGGGAACAAAGCGCCGCGCAACCCUGCACAGCGCCCGGCGGCUUCCCCGCGCUUGGAGAGGAUGGGCUGGUUUGUGGGCCAGACAUCGACAUCCGCAACAGUAUGGAGGAACUGAAGCAACUAGAGGGCUGCACGGUGGUGGAAGGAUAUCUCCAGAUUUUGUUGAUCAACCAAGGAGCGGACUUUAGCAACUACCGCUUCCCCAAGCUCACGAUGAUCGUCGAUUAUCUGUUGCUUUUCCGCGUGGCUGGCCUGGAGACCCUCAGCGAUCUCUUUCCAAACCUGACAGUGAUUCGGGGCAAGAGCCUUUUCUACAACUACGCGCUGGUCAUCUUCGAGAUGACCAACCUCAAGGAAAUUGGGUUGUACAACUUGAGAAACAUCACUCGGGGGGCCAUCCGGAUCGAGAAGAAUUCGGACCUCUGCUACCUUUCCACGGUGGACUGGUCUCUGAUCUUGGAUGCUGUUUCCAAUAACUACAUUAUAGGAAAUAAAUCGCCAAAAGAAUGUGGGGAUUUGUGUCCAGGAACGGCGGAGGAGAAGCCGCUGUGUGAGAAGACUUCCAUAAAUAAUGAAUACAGCUUCCGCUGCUGGACUUCAAACCACUGCCAGAAAAGUAAGAGUUCAUUGAUGGUUCAGUUUUGA